AUGUCACAAAGGCGUGUUUGCGCUGUCAGCAGCGAUUCUCUCAAUCAAUUAAAGACCAAGACCAUUGUGCAGGUCUCCUACGCCGAAAGCACAUUGUCGCAAACUUCGCAUUGCACAAUCACAAUGCCCAAACAACAGAGCGAACAUAUGAACUUUCAGACCCAAGCAAAUCGCAUUAGCAUGGACAGCACCACCCAAGCACAGCCCCUAGAGGCUCAAACCACAGGAGUUCCAGUCGACCACCGCGAUCCGAACCACCCACAUUUUCCUGGUGACUUGGAAGCGCAGCCGUCAGCUCGCCCUUCUUUGAACAGCAAGUCGCGAUGGAUCAUAGGCGGCGUAAUCGUCAUCAUCCUCUCCCUCAUCACAGCUGUCCUCGUCGGCGGCAAAAUUGGUAUGGACAUGGCGACGAGGCCCACCCGACCUGUCUUCACCACGGUACCCAUAGAGCACGAGACUAAGAACAUCACUACGAUAGAGUAUUCAACAUCAGUGAUGCAGCUCUCCAUCACCCCGCAACCGACUACCAUCACCACUACCAGUAUGAGUAUGAUGCCUUCGAUGGCACCACUUCCUACUUCGACACCUACACCGAAACCAAGCCCUAUAUCCGAGGCACCCAAAGAACCAACUUCUACACCUAGACGUGGGAAAGGUGGAGGUAGGCAGUGCUACAUUGUCGGCAACUGGCCGACGAAUGCAGAGUGCGUUAAACGCUGCACGAAACAGGAGCUCGAUCUUAAGGAAGAUCGGACCGCAACAUGCCAGGUAGAUCCAAAAGCAGUAUUUUCUUGUGUAGUAUGUAAGGCAUAA